UGAGUAGCUCUUCACAAACCAUCAGCCAUGAGAGCUGUUGUGCUUGCCCUGACUGUAGCCCUUGUGGCAUGUCAACAGAUCAACCUUGUUCCUGAGUUUGCCCCUGAUAAGACCUAUGUGUACAAGUAUGAGGCUCUGCUCUUGGGUGGUCUUCCUCAAGAAGGUCUGGCCAGAGCAGGAAUAAAAGUCAGCAGCAAGGUUCACAUCAGUGCCGUGACAGAGAACACCUUCAUGAUGAAGCUCAUGGAUCCUCUACUCCACGAGUAUGCUGGCAUUUGGCCCAAGGAUCCAUUUGUUCCUGCCACUAAGCUCACCUCAGCUCUGGCUGCUCAGCUUCAGAUUCCCAUUAAGUUUGAGUAUGCUAAUGGUGUGGUUGGAAAGGUAUUCGCCCCAGCAGGAGUUUCCCCUACAGUACUGAACCUGCACAGAGGAAUCCUCAACAUCCUUCAGCUCAACCUCAAGAAGACCCAGAACAUCUAUGAGCUGCAAGAGGAUGGAGUUCAGGGAGUGUGCAGGACCCACUACGUCAUCAAUGAGGAUACAAAGGCCAACCACAUUAUUGUCACCAAGUCUAAGGAUCUGAACCACUGUCAGGAGAGAGUCAUGAAGGACGUCGGUUUGGCAUACACUGAGAGGUGUACUGAAUGCACAAAGAGGGUCAAGAGUCUGAUUGAAACUGCAUCUUACAACUACAUCAUGAAACCAUCUGCCGCCGGUGUACUGAUCGCUGAAGCCACAGUUGAGGAAGUGCAUCAGUUUUCACCCUUCAAUGAGAUCCAUGGUGCUGCCCAGAUGGAAGCAAAACAAACCUUGACUUUUGUUGAGAUGGAGAAGACGCCUGUUGUUCCAGUCAAAGCUGAUUACUUGGCCCGUGGAUCCUUGCAGUAUGAGUUUUCAACAGAAAUUCUUCAGACCCCCAUUCAACUCAUGAAGAUCAGUGAUGCACCCGCUCAGAUUACUGAGGUCUUAAAGCACCUUGUUGAAAACAAUGUGGCCAUGGUCCAUGAUGAUGCUCCACAUAAGUUUCUUGAGCUCAUCCAGCUCCUGCGUGCUGCCACCUUGGAGAAUAUUGAGGCCAUCUGGGCUCAGUUCAAAGACAAACCAGUUUACAGGCGCUGGCUUCUGGAUGCUCUUCCUGCUGUUGGCACACCAGUCAUUGUAAAAUUCAUCAAGGAGAAGUUCCUGGCUGGUGAACUUACCAUUCCUGAGUUCAUUCAGGCUCUUGUGGUUGCUCUGCAAAUGGUCACUGCUGAUUUGGACACCAUCCAGUUAACAGCUAGUUUGGCUAUGCAUGAGAAAAUCGCCACAAUCCCAGCUCUGCGUGAAGUCGUCAUGCUUGGAUAUGGUUCCAUGAUUGCCAAACACUGCAUUGCAGUUCCCACUUGCCCCGCUGAGCUCCUCAAGCCCAUCCAUGAUAUUGCUACAGAGGCCAUUUCUAAGAAUGACAUUCCUGAAAUCACUUUGGCUCUGAAAGUCCUGGGCAAUGCUGGUCACCCUGCUAGUCUUAAAACCAUCAUGAAGCUCCUACCUGGACUGAGAACUGCAGCUACUUCUCUGCCUCUUAAAGUCCAGGUUGAUGCCAUCUUGGCUCUGAGGAACAUUGCCAAGAAAGAGCACAAACUGGUUCAGCCAGUGGCCCUGCAGCUUGUAUUGGACAGGGCUCUCCACCCUGAAGUGCGUAUGGUUGCUUGUAUUGUGUUGUUCGAGGCCAAGCCCUCAGUGGCUCUCGUCUCCAAUCUUGCUGGUGCUUUGAAGACUGAGACUAACAUGCAUGUUGCGAGCUUUGCCUAUUCCCACAUGAAGUCCUUGACCAGAAUCACUGCACCUGAUAUGGCAUCUGUUGCGGGUGCAGCUAAUGUUGCCAUCAAGCUCAUGAGUCGCAAACUGGACAGGCUUAGCUUCCGUUUCAGCAGAGCCAUUCAGCUGGACUUCUAUCAUACUCCUCUUAUGAUUGGAGCUGCUGGUAGUGCCUACAUGAUCAAUGAUGCUGCCACCAUCCUGCCCAGAGCUGUUGUAGCUAAAGCACGUGCUUACCUGGCUGGAGCUGCUGCUGAUGUUCUUGAGAUCGGUGUGAGAACUGAAGGAAUCCAGGAGGCUCUUCUGAAAUCUCCUGCUGCAGAUGAAAGUGUUGACCGUAUGACAAGGAUCAAGCGCACACUGAGAGCUCUCACAAACUGGAAGGACUUUCCAACCAAUCAGCCAUUGGCUUCAGCCUAUGUCAAAUUACUUGGACAAGAAGUGGCUUAUUUCAACAUUGACAAGACAAUAAUUGAAGAAGCAAUACAGAUGGCCACUGGACCCAAACCACGUGAACAGUUGAAGCAUGCCCUUAAAGCUUUGCAGGAAGGAAUUGCCUUCCAGCAUGCCAAACCCCUGCUUGCAUCUGAAGUGCGUCGUAUCUUGCCAACAGCAGUUGGUGUGCCCAUGGAGCUCAGUUUGUACACUGCUGCUGUUGCUGCUGCAAGUCUCAAUGUUAAGGCCACCAUUACACCGCCUCUCCCUGAGGCGAUUGAGACUAUGACUCUUGACCAGCUCAAGAAGACUGAUGUUCAACUCCAAGCUGAAGCUAGACCAAGUGUUGCUCUCCAGACCUUUGCUGUGAUGGGAGUGAACACUGCCUUGAUCCAAGCUGCUGUUAUGGCAAGAGGAAAGGUCCGUACUAUUGUCCCUGGAAAAGUGGUAGCAAGAGCAGACAUUCUCAAGGGCAACUACAAGGUGGAGGCUCUGCCUGUUGAUCUUCCUGAACACAUUGCUGAUGUCAGCUUUGAGACUCUUGCUGUAGUUAGAAACAUUGAAGAGCCCAACGCUGAGAGGAUUGUUCCCUUAACUCCUGUGAGAGCUGCUGCUCCAUUUCACAAGACUCUCUGUCUUGCUGUCCCAUACAUUGAAAUCAAGGGGUGCGUUGAGGUGCACUCUCGCAAUGCUGCUUUUAUCAGAAAUUCUCCUCUCUUCUACAUAAUUGGAAAGCACUCAGCCCGUGCUGCACUGACAAGAGCUGAAGGUCCUGCAGUUGAAAGACUGGAGCUUGAAGUCCAAGUUGGUCCUAGAGCUGCUGAGAGGCUUCUUAAGCAAAUCAGCCUCAUUGAUGAAGAGACUCCAGAAGGAAAGGCCUUCCUGUUGAAACUGAGGGAAAUCCUGGAGACUGAAGACAAAAAUGCGUCCGUCUCCUCUGAAAGCAGCAGUAGCAGCCGCAGGAGCCGCAGGAGCCGCAGCAGCAGCAGCAGCAGCAGCAGCAGUUCAAGCUCCUCCAUGUCCAACUCUCGUAGGAGUAAGACUGCCAUGAUCAUGGAGCCCUUCAAGAAAUUCCACAAAGAUCGGUUCAUGGCACCCCAUGGUGCUUCAAAGGCAGUAAGCAGUGGAAGCACUGCAUCUAGCUUUGAGGCUCUCCAGAAACAGGCUAUAUUCCUCGGAAGUGCUCUUCCACCUGUUUUUGCUGUCAUUGCCCGUGCUGUGAGAGUUGACCACAAGCUGCUGGGCUACCAACUUGCUGCAUACUUUGACAAGCCAACAGCAAGAGUGCAGCUCGUUGUUUCCUCCAUCGCUGAAAAUGACAACAUGAAGAUCUGUGCUGAUGGAGCCCUGCUGAGCAAGCACAAAGUCACUGCCAAGGUUGCUUGGGGUCAAGAAUGCCAACAGUAUGCAGUCACUGCUAAAGCUGAAGCCGGUGUCCUGGGCGAAUUCCCUGCUGCACGUCUAGAGCUGGAAUGGGAGAGGCUGCCAAUAAUUGUCACCACAUAUGCCAAAAAGCUGUCUAAGCACAUUCCUAUGGCGGCUUACCAGACGGGCUUUAGCCUAGAAAGAGCAUCGAACAGUGAGAAAGAGAUUGAACUGACUGCAGCCUUGCCAAGUCAGAGAUCCUUGAAUGUCAUUGCUAGGAUUCCAGAGAUGACACUGUCAAGGAUGAAUAUUCGUCUCCCUGUCGCUGUUCCCAUUAAUCCAGACGGAACUCUUUCCAUUCAUAUCGAUGAGGACAUUCUCUCCUGGAUCCAGAAACAUUUCAAGGAAGAAUAAGAAAUGAAUUACAUUUUAAAUUUUCACAUUCAUUUUA